AGAAUGGAUGCUUCGAAUUGGAGAAAAACUUGUCGAUCCUGGUUGUAUACACUCGUUUUGUUGUGUCUCCUCAUUGGAGAGACAAAGAACUGGUGCAUACAACCAGUACACCAAAGUUUUUCCCCGCGAAAUAAACCGUUCGAGGUUUCUUACUCUGGUUGGCCAAACCGGGAAAAAGUGUUGGAGCUCUUGUUGGUUUGGUAGUUUACAUCCGUAAAUGUACUACUUUCUGCGGCUUCAUUGGAAGUACGCCUUCGUCUUUUACAAAUUAGACAAAAGGAACAGUGACAACAUGUCCAUGUUUUGGUUUUACAUACUUGGAUUAGAGUUUGGAUUUAUCCAGGAAAUUCUUGUUAAGUUAUGGAAUCGUGGCAGGGACGAAAUCUGAGGUUAAUACAUUUCUUAAUUGCUUUUAAUUAGUGAAAAGUAGGACCCAUCAGCAUUAGAUGCCUUAGUUGAACCUUAGUUUAAUCCAUUAAGCAAUUUGUAUUAGGCUAUUAGCUCAUGUGAACACCCCAGUUCUGUUUUUAUCUGGUUUUUUUCUGCACUAUAAAAAUGCCGGGAACCUCAAAAGGUGAUUUGUACCAGGAAACAAUUAUUAAACAUAUGAAGAUGUUGGCUAAUAAGAUUUUAACCUUUAUUAUUGUAGUUAUGCUUUUCUGUGAGUCAGCAGUUGGAACCAGAACAAAGUUGUUCUCGGCUAAUAAUGUGCAGGAUGCUGCUUCUGCAUUCGCUCCGUCUCCAGGUGAUGACGGAAUCUGUGCAACAAUGGUGGCAACACAAGGCUAUGCUUGUGAAGAACACACGGUGACAACACAAGAUGGAUAUAUUCUCAGCAUGCAGAGAAUUCCAGCGGGGAAGUCAGGGGGGCUGUCAGGGAAGAGGGUACCGGUACUUCUGCAACACGGUCUUCUGAUGGAUGGGAUAACAUGGGUGCUGCUACGUCCAGGCCAAUCUUUGGCUUUCCUCUUAGCUGACAACGGGUAUGAGGUGUGGAUUGGAAACACCCGCGGAACCAAAUACAGCCUCGGUCACACAUCACUCAGUCCUGAUGAUCCGGCUUAUUGGGAAUGGUCAUGGGAUGAACUUGUCGCUUAUGAUCUCCCGGCUACUUUCCAGUAUGUGCGAGAUCAAACCAGACAGAAAAUUCAUUAUAUUGGACAUUCGCUGGGAACAUUGGUUGCUCUCGCUGCAAUUUCCAAAGACCUGCAACUGAAGAACCUGAGAUCAGCCGUCUUACUUAGUCCGAUUGCUUAUGCUGACCAAAUGUCCUCACCCCUAGCAAGAGCUGUUGCUGAAAACUUUAUUGCCGAGGCAUUAUACAAUGCAGAUUUAAGACAAUUUAAUCUGAAACGGAAGGCGGCAGUCGAAGUUCUGAAGGCUGUUUGCCGGAAACCAGGCGUUGAUUGCACCCAUUGGUUGACUGCAUUCACCGGGAAAAAUUGCUGCUUAAAUUCUUCCAUAGUAGAUGUUCUUCUAGACCAUGAGCCUCAGUCAACUUCAACCAAAAACUUGGUACAUAUGUCCCAGAUGAUAAGGGACGGAACAGUUGCAAUGUUUGACUACAAGGACGAGAACAUGCAGCACUACGGGCAGCCCAAUCCUCCCGUGUACAGCAUGACAAGCAUUCCAGAUGAGCUUCCUCUCUUCCUCAGUUACGGUGGGGCAGAUGCCCUCUCCGACAUCAAAGAUGUGAAGCUGCUGCUGAAGAGCCUCAAAAACCAUGAUGGAGAUAAGCUUGUGCUUCAGUAUCUAGACGAUUACGCUCAUUUAGAUUUUGUGAUGGGUGAAACUGCUAAGCAAGAUGUGUAUGAUCCUCUCAUGGCUUUCCUUAGACUUCAAUGAGAAUAUUUACUUGUGACAGAAGUAAUGCCAAUUCUUUUAUGUUCUUUUCUUUUCCCUCAUCAUAUUUCUCAUUGACAACCCUGAGGGCAGAGUUGUAUUUACCCGUACUGUGUACUGGAUCUUCCUUUUACCAACAAAAUUCGUAUAAUUACUACCA